AUGCAAUCGUGCUAUUCAUUAAUUGAUUGCUAUUUUAUUUAUUUAGGUCACAGUGGUGUAAACCAACUAGGUGGUGUUUUUGUUGGAGGACGUCCCUUACCAGACUCUACAAGACAAAAAAUUGUUGAACUUGCUCACUCCGGAGCACGUCCAUGCGAUAUAUCGCGAAUACUUCAAGUAUCAAAUGGAUGCGUUAGUAAAAUAUUAGGAAGAUAUUACGAAACAGGGAGUAUAAGGCCUCGAGCUAUCGGAGGUUCAAAACCUCGCGUUGCAACUGCAGAAGUAGUAAACAAAAUUUCGCAGUACAAGCGUGAAUGCCCAAGCAUAUUUGCGUGGGAAAUUCGAGAUAAAUUACUCCACGAUGAAGUUUGUACUAAUGAUAAUAUACCCAGUGUAAGUAAUGUUAUAAAUUCAACUCAAUGUAAUAUAAAUUUAUGA